UCAUCAUCUUCCCCUACUCCGAAAUCUUCUCAUUUUCUCUCACUCUCUCCCUCCAUACCUCUCUCUCUCUCUCUCUCUUUUCUGUCAACCUGUCUGUCUGUCUCUCUUUCCUCCUCCCAUGACAUGAUUGAAAUCCAGUCCAGCAGAAAUAUAAUUGUGAUCGAUCAAAAAAACCUUUUGGUUGUUCCAUUUCUUCGCUUGUUUCAAUUAGCAGAUCUUAGAUCUUUAGCACAAUAGGUUCGCAUAUAUCCUCUUAUCAUCAGCUCCAUCAUCUCCUACUCUUUCUAUUUUUAGUUCUUUCCUAAAGUACUAGCUUGUUUGACCCCAAAAAAACCUACCUCCCCAGAACACUAGAAAAAACAAAACCAAAUCUUACUCCUACAACUUCGAGAUCCAAGAGAAACACAAACGCAUCCACAUGGAUUCGCUUCACGAAUUUGACACCUCAAACGCAGACAGCGCGAGCAUCAGCUUCAGCACCAAUACCAUCAUCACAAACACCAACUCAUCCAACCCAAACAUCUCCGCUGCUGCCACCGUGGCAUCGUCCUCGUCAUCCUCGCCCUCGUCCACUCUCAGCCGCUACGAGAACCAGAAGCGCCGUGACUGGAACACCUUCGGCCAGUACCUGCGGAACCACCGACCGCCGCUGUCUCUGUCUCGCUGCAGCGGGGCCCACGUGCUUGAAUUCCUCAGGUACUUGGACCAGUUCGGGAAGACGAAGGUCCACACCCAGCUCUGCCCCUUCUUCGGGCACCCGAACCCUCCCGCGCCGUGCCCGUGCCCGCUCCGCCAAGCCUGGGGGUCCCUCGACGCCCUCAUCGGCCGCCUCCGGGCCGCCUUCGAAGAGCACGGAGGGAAGCCGGAGGCGAACCCGUUUGGAGCUCGAGCCGUGAGGCUCUAUCUACGUGAGGUUCGCGAUUCGCAGUCCAAGGCAAGGGGGAUUAGUUACGAAAAGAAGAAGCGCAAGCGCCCGCCGCAGCCACCGCCUACAUUGCCACCGCCUCCAACUGCGAGCCAGUAAGAUCAAAAUAAUUCCUGCAUGAGACCAUGUUGGUGGGAAAUAAUUUAAGUACUUUUAAUCUUUUAUUGCCGCAUACCUAUGUAGUACGUACGAGUUUUUUUUCUCUCUUAUGUUGCUUUCUCAAGGAACUAUGCCUAAAAAUUGGUGGGUAUUGAACUGUUGGGUGCUCUCUUUGAUGAUUCUGUGUUGCAAACAGUACUAGUUGUAGUAGCGGUAGAAGUAGUAGUUGUAGUAGAUCAAGUCGUCAAGUAUGUACUAGUUGUAGUUUUAAGGUCCCUGUGACUUAACAUCCAAUUUGUCAUAGAUAUAUGUACUUGAAAGGUCGUCUAUGACAAGUAAUAGAUUUGCGGAUCAUGUUGUAUGUC